CCCUGCCCCUGCCCGCCCCAGACUCCCGGGGCCAGCGCCGCGCGCUCUUUCUCCGACAGCUGCCGCGGCGUCCUGUCCGUCUGUCACCGCGGGUCGCCGGCCGCCGCGCCAUGACUACCCAGCAGAUAGUCCUCCAAGGUCCGGGACCAUGGGGCUUCCGCCUCGUGGGGGGCAAGGACUUCGAGCAGCCUCUCGCCAUUUCCCGGGUCACGCCCGGAAGCAAGGCUGCUACAGCUAAUUUAUGUAUCGGAGAUGUAAUCACAGCCAUUGAUGGGGAAAAUACCAGCAAUAUGACACACUUGGAAGCUCAGAACAAAAUCAAAGGCUGCACAGACAACAUGACCCUCACGGUAGUAAGAUCUGAACAAAAGAUCUGGUCUCCUCUGGUGACGGAGGAAGGGAAACGUCAUCCGUACAAGAUGAAUCUGGCCUCUGAACCCCAGGAGAUCCUGCACAUAGGGAGUGCCCACAACCGGAGUGCCAUGCCCUUCACUGCCUCGCCUGCCUCCAGCACUGCCCCCAGGGUCAUCACAAACCAGUACAACAACCCAGCUGGCCUCUACUCCUCUGAAAACAUCUCUAACUUCAACAGCAACCUAGAGUCAAAGACUGCUGCUGGCAAGGAGGAUGCAAAUGGCAGAAUCUUAGACAAUUCUCAGCCUCCUAGCGGCCUCGUCAUUGACAAAGAAUCUGAAGUUUACAAGAUGCUUCAGGAGAAACAGGAGUUAAAUGAGCCACCGAAACAGUCCACGUCAUUUCUGGUUCUGCAGGAAAUCCUGGAGUCAGAGGAACAAGGGGAUCCCAACAAGCCCUCUGGAUUCAGAAGUGUUAAAGCUCCUGUCACAAAAGUGGCUGCAUCGAUUGGAAAUGCUCAGAAGUUGCCCAUGUGUGACAAAUGUGGCACUGGGAUUGUUGGAGUGUUUGUGAAGCUGCGGGACCGUCACCGCCACCCUGAGUGUUACGUGUGCACUGACUGUGGCACCAACCUGAAACAGAAAGGCCAUUUCUUUGUGGAGGAUCAAAUCUACUGUGAAAAGCAUGCCCGGGAGAGAGUCACACCACCCGAGGGCUAUGAUGUGGUCACCGUGUUCCCCAAGUGAUCCAGCAGACGUGCAGUGGCCACCAUUCUCUAGCCAGCCUCUGCUGCAACUUAUUCUCUUAAUGUCCUGCCUCCUCUCUUGAAAGUUCUGUGCUUACCUUGGUUAUACCCCUGCUCAUUAAACAUCGAGUCCCCGCCUUUGUUAACUGACUCACUCAGGGUGUGUGAUGCUGCUUUUGCAGUUAAUGGAAACCUGUUUUGUUCAGUGUUCUCUUGCCAGCAGCACUGUGUAUCCUUCUCACCCCGUUUCUCUGCUACAAAUGGACAUCAGCCAAAUUUGAACCAAAUCAAAUGUAACACCUGACAUUGAUGCUGUUUUUAUUCAAUAAAUUUAUAAACU